GACGUGCCUUCCUUGUGGGAGGAGGAACUACAACUCCCAGUGUGACCCGGAAGGAGCCUGUGCAAAGGAGCGGUUGUUGCCCUUUCACCGAGGUCCGGGCCUGAAUUUCGAAAAUGCUGCUGGCGCCCCAGGAAAGGUCCGCCUCAAAGAAGAGGACGGGGCUGACUGGCUGGGAACGGUUCGCCAGAAAGCCGAGUCCCAAGCCUGCCUUUGACCCUGACAGUGUGCAACACUGGAUGAAGAGAGUGGAGAAAGCCUCAGAACUGGCGGUUUCAAAAGCAUUUUCUGCUGGAAAUUCAGUUUUAUCCAGAAGGCUUCAGGGCCAAAUCAUAGAUUUGGAAACAUCUGAGCAAAUAGAGGAUCAUGAUGAAACCUAUGCAGAAGCUCAGGAGCUGGUCAGUGAUUGGUUAGACACCAAACUUAAGCAGGAACUAGCAAGUGAUGGAGAAGGUGAUGCUGAAGACACUGUGUCGACUGUUACUUCUAUGCCAGCAGACAAGUUUGAUGAUUUGUGUGGCUAUUUGGAGGAAGAAGAUGAAAGUACCACUGUUCAAAAAUUUGUAGACCACCUGCUCCAUAAAGAUGUGGUAGAUUCUGGGAUGUUGGGGGAUCUUGGAGGGAAGGAAAAAAACCAAGACAAGCAGCAGCAGAAGGAUCCUCGUCUUACCAUGGAGAUGAGACAUAAGCAGGUGAAAGAAAAUCGCUUAAGACGUGAGAAAGAACUAGAGCGCCAGAGAAUCGAAAAGGCCCUGAGAAAAUGGGCCUUCUUAGAGGCUCAGUGUCUGGUGCAAGAAGAGAAGAAAAGGAAGGCUCUGGAGGCCAAGAAAGAGGAGGAGGAGAUCCAGAGGGAGAUGGUGAAGCUGCGGAGAGAGAUCAUUGAGAGGAGAUGCACUGUGGAAGAAGCAUGGAAAACAGAGAGGAAAAAGCAAGAAGAAAAUUCUCAAAGGAAGCCAGAAAAAGACAUGUUUGAAAGUGCUCAUAUUCCUCUGGAUGAAGAAAAGAUGGCAAAAGAAAGAAAGAGGAAACUGAAAGCGUUAUUAAUCCAACUUUCCAAGGAAAAUCACAAGUGUCAAAAACGGUAUUUCUCUGCCUGGCACGAGCUGAUUCUUGAUCAUAGGAUUGAGCUGGGGAAAGCUGGGACCCUGUCCGACUGGAAGUUUCAACUAAAGGUCCUGCGAGCCUGGAGAGACUACACAAGAUCCCAGAAGUUGGAGCGGGAGACUCAAGCCGUGGAAAAUGAUCUUAGGGAAGAAAACAGAAAACAACAACUGGCCACCGAACAUAACCGGAAACAAGUUCUCCAACACUGCUUUGCAGAAUGGCAGCAUUGGCAUCAUGUUGAGAUCCACAAGAGAGAGCUGGCUAUAACAAAGGAGGAAACCAGGAAGAAAAUGGAUGAGCUGCUGAAGGCAGCAUCACUAGGGAAACUCAGUGCCAGUGGGUCUUCAGGCACUAGUAGUCUACUUGAGGAGGCAGCCGCCACUGUGGACCCAUCCAUGAGAAGUGGAGAGGUGACUGCUGUGCCCCCCUUGUGGGAAAAGCUUCCUUUGGAGAGCAAUGGUUGUAUGCCCAGUCCUCCUCUAGGAAGACUAACAAAGAGCACCUUGCAGGUUCCCCUUCAGAAUGUUCCUCUAAGCACACCUGACAACAAGCAGCCCAAGACUGUGGGUGCUGAACCCUGCCAAGAACCUAGCAGCAAUGAGAAGCUCAGAACCACCAGCCAGAAAGCAGAGCCCAUUUGCAUGGGCCAUUUCCACAACCGCCACAUCUUCCAGCAGCAGCUAAUUGAGAAGCAAAAGAAGAAACUUCAGGAACAGCAGAAAAUAAUUCUCGAGCUGAAGGAAAACCAGCGGCUGGCAGAGGCUCGGUGGGCAGCGGAAUAUGCCGCAGCAGGCACAGAUGCGCAGAGCCGCCUGCUGUCAAAUCCCAGUUCACCUGCUGCUUCCCUUGGGACUGAGGCCAGUAGAAGUGACUCCCGAAAUUCUCUUUCUGGACCCAGAAGGAACCCAAGGCAGCUGAUGGCACCGCAUCCCAUAUUGAAAGCCAUGGAAGAGAGAGCAGUUGAGCGAGCUGAACGUAGGCGGAUCUUGGCAGAGAGGAAGAAAAAACAAGAAGAGGAGAAAUUGGCCCAAUUAAAGGCCCAAGAGGAGGAGCGCCAGAAGAGGGAAGCAGAAGAAAAGGAGGCUCAGCUUGAAAGAAAACGAGAAGAGAAGAGGGUGAGGAAAAUGAAAGAACUAGAGAAGCAGAAGAGAAUUGAGAGGAACCAGCAGCUGGAGGCACUAGCAAAGGAACAUUAUGGAAGGGUCGUGCUAAGAAAAAAAGGUUUGGAGCCUUGGAAGAGAUUGAGAAUGCAAAGCAAGCAAAAUAUCCAGGUGGCCAAAGAACAUCACUGUCUGGCAAUACAGAGGAAAUGCCUGCUGGCCUGGUUCUGGUGCAGUCAGGACAGCCUGGCUAGAAAGGCAGCCUGGGCAGAUCGGCUUUAUUCCCAGAUCCUGCAGAGGAGAGCCAUCAGGAGCUGGCUGCAGUACCUGACUGAUCUAGAGGAAGAAGUAAGAAAACUUUAUGUACAUUUUCUCCAGAAGAAGAUUUUCAGGGCCUGGCUUACUGUGGUCAGGGAGGCCAAGAUUGCUUCUCAGAGCAAGUACAAGACUGUGGCGGAGCAUAGUGACAGGAGAAUUUUCAGGACCACGUUCCAGACAUGGAAGCAGUCUGCAAGAUGUAUGAAAGAGGAGAGAUUGAAAGAAGAAAGGAGAGCGCAGCUCCGUAGGAAAGUGGCUGAAAUCCUCCCAGAUUUCCAGACGCUGGCCCCACCAUGACUGUUAGCUGUACUCGUUAUCUGACACUCAGCCCUCGUAUAAGAUAAGCCAGUGACCACGAACCAGUGCAGUCCUGGGGAGGGGAGUCACAAUUGGUCCAUAAUGCGUGUUUGUGUUAUCGCCACUCACCCACCUACAUAAUACAUAUAGCUGGUUUGUUUUCUGUCACCUACUUAUUGGAUCAACUGAGUUAUUUUAGAAGUCUGUAUUUCCUUCUUGGAUUUCUGCUGGAUUGCUAAUCAGGAGUUCACUAAAGCAUUUAUCAUAAUGGUGUCACUGCAAAGGAACAGUCUAGGUCUCCACUGUUCAGGUGCAUCCUGUUUGUUCUUAGCAUAAUAAACUUUAAAAGUGUUAGCCGGCCUGAGGCUGUGAGGGAAAGUAUUUGCCCUUCUAGGUUAACGUGAGCUGUUGAUUAAUGUACCUUUAAUUAAAUACAAAUGAAAUAAAUACUUAGAAAAGGAGGCAGAGGAGGUCAGUCUUCUAGUACCUAAGCAUCAGAGACAGGCAUCCUACCAGAUGCCAUCCUCUUUGGCCACCAGCGAUGGAAAACUUUCUAAAGGUACGCUGAAUGGCUGCUGCAAAGAGUAGCAGCUUAUCCUAAUGUUAGAGAAACUGGACACCAAAGAUACUUGAGUGCACCUUGCUAAGCAUGAGAUACUCUUCCAAAAGAAAAUGACUAUCUGUGCAUGCUCCUGAUUGCAGUUUCUACACAAUACACUCAACUGUCUUCUAGUCCUCACCUCAGAUCUAGAUACGUUAUCAUCAAUUCAAAGAUGUUUUGAUCUUUAAGGUGCUAUGAGGUAUGAAAGACUGAUAAAAGGCUCCCUUCUGUGAACUUGAGUAUCACCUGCUAGAAAAAAAUUCGUAACAAAAUACAUGUUUAUUCCAACAAAUUCUAGUCAUCCAGUAAUGCAGUCAAGUAAAUGCACACAGUGAAAUGAGAAAGGCCCUUCCAGCCCCGAGGGAAAUGUUAUCAUCUGGUGUUUUGAAAACUGGAGUUGGUGAAAUAAAUUCCUGUGGUCGUUCAAGGGAAUAUUCCUGUAUUUACUCCUAGAAGGGAUGUCUAGCUACACCACCUGCAAAAUGACUUACCUCGUUUUUUCUGGGGAAGAUGUGUGAUUUACUCAGAUAUGACAGAACACCCAAAACUGAAUUUUACUUCUAUAUUCUCUGUCCCUACACAUCUUUUCCUCUAAUGAUUAUACAACUGUCAUCUAAAAACUCAAUUUUUUUUCUUCUUAAGACUAAAGGACACUAAAUGGGACUAAAAUUCAUACUUAUCACUUUUUACAUCUAAAUCAGUAUCAUCUGUUUAUCUACAGCACAGCUACAGAGUAUUGGCUGAUACUAGCACCCAGAAAUCAAAUACCAAUUUUACUUUAAUGUCAAGCCUGCAGAUAAAGAGUAUUGAACCCCUUAUAUAAACACGCCAGGGGCCUAAAAGAAAUUCCUUAAUGCUUCAGUUUUCUCUUAAGCUUUCUAUUAUUUAUUUUUACCUCAUCUCAAGCAUCAACUAGAAAUUGAGUCUUAGGCCAUAUUCUGAUUGGGCCAGCUAGAUCUUUUUACCGACUUUCUGAAACUUCUGAAGAGACAUAAGGAAAAUAAUUUUGCUGCUGUUUCUUGACUAUCAUCUUAAAGAUAUGAUUUGAAAUGUUACUGCUAACAUAAUGCCCAGGUAAGCAGCAUCCCUGACCUACAUAACUGGAAAAAAUGACCACUAGGAAGAUGCUUGUUGAGGGCCAGGGACAAGGCUGGGUAGAAAGAGGCACCACAGCUAUAAAACAGGGUUUCUCUUUUAAAAAAAAAAAAAAAA